AUGCUGCGAGUCGAGAAUACCGACUUGAAAGACUUGAAACUUUGCGCCAAAUUGAUUCCACGCGACGCCCUCCGGGAGCCCCCUAUGCCUGUGACAGUGCUCCGACCAGCGGUGUCGCAGUCCAUGUGCCCAUCGGAGUCUUCACUGUCUUCAGCUGCAAAAGGCGACUUUAGGAUGGCGGCUGCCGCAGGCUCCCCACCCUGGCUGCGCGUGGAAAAGCUUGUGGCUCUGGGGGACCUGCGGGCUCCACGUACCCUCGGAGAUCCUGGAUCUACGGCUGUUGUGGAGGUGGUGAUCGGGGUGGGUGCUGCGGUUGGUGCAACCGCAGACCCUCGCGAACAGGCAGCAUUUGGGGGGUGGUCUGCUACCGCACUCAGGUUUGGACCGGAUACGCCCCCUGCCUCCGAAGGGGGCGGGGGGCCCUGUGCAGGGCUUGCCAGUGCCAUUCAGGCUAAAGAUGCGGAUCUAAACAGGGUAAAAAGCAUGAAAAAGACCAUCCCUCCCACCCCGUUGCCGCCCGAGUCCAAUCCGAGGCCCUCGCUGACAAGGACCGUGGGCAGGAGGGCAGGGCCAGGGGGCCCCCUGCAGAUGCCCCCCUUUGGUGGCGUGCUUGGCGCCCCUUUAGACCCCUGA